AUUUAGAAAAUGAGGAAUUGGAUGAUUAUGAAUUAAAAGAGAAUGAAUUAGAAGAGAAUGAAUCAGAGGAGAAUGAAUCAGAAGAGAAUGAAUUAGAAGAGGAUGAAUCAAAGGAGGAUGAAUCAGAGAAGGAUGAAUUAAAUGAAUCAGAAAGUAGUGAAAAAAUAAAUUUUGAAUCAGAAAAGAAUUUUGAUAAUAUUGAAUUUAAUGGAUCUUAUUCUGAAACUGCUAGACAUAUGUAUUAUCUACUUCAAUCAUUACAAAAAUAUAAUAAUUAUGAUCCAGAAAAUUUACUAAUGCGUUCUCAUAAUAGUUAUAUUCUAGAUA